CUCGGGGGUGGUGCCGGGCGGGCACCGGAGAGUCCCCGGGGGUAAGGGGGGGACACCGGGCAGCCUGCCCCCCCCUGCCCCGCUCCUUCUGCCCCGGGUGGCUGUGAAGCCCCCCAGAGCAGCGAUGGAGCCCCCCUGCCUGCCCUGGCUGCGGAGCUUGAACAAGCCCUGCCGCCUCCUGCUGCACGCGCUGGCCUCCGGCUCCUCUGGGACGCUGGCCGCCCUCCGAAUGCUGCAGCGGGUCCCCGGGGCAGCGGAGCAGGCGUUUCCCUGGCAGACCUUCACCGCAGCCCUGUGCGCCGAGGAGCCCACGCUGGAGGGGCCAGAGGGGGCCCUGGCUGUCAAACCGCGCCUGCUGCUGCUCCCCGUCCUGUGCCAGAGGAAUCUCUUCUCCCUGCUCCUCGUGGUACAAGCCAUGGUACCAGAGGGUUGUGUUGUCCGGCUGCUCCAGGCCCUGGAGCAGGAUUCCCAGGUGGAUCCCUGGGUGUGGGCGCUGGGGGAUCUGCUCCGGGAAGGACCAAGGGGAGAGAAGGGCUCUCCACGUCCUGCUCCCUUGUCUUCUGCCUGCCAGCAGCAGCUUAAGUGCCUCUGCCAGAAAAUUGCCCAGAACAAACCAGAAGGGCAAGGAAAACUGAACUGGUGCUUCAGCAAGCAGCCUGGUGCUGCUGGGGACGUGGAGGACUCUGCGCUUCAAGAUGGGAAGCGCAAGAAAGCGUCGGAGGAUAGCCUGGAGCUGGAUGAGGAGAGAGAAGGGAAGAGGAUGCUGCUGGAGGAGGUGGUGUUUGAGCCUCUGGGAACCCCGGAGGGUGAGGAUGUGGAUGCAGAGGUGGAAGAGGAGAUGCCUGUGGAGAUUUCAGGGGACAGAUCUGCUCAGAGCCCAGCUGGAGCUGCUGUGGGAAGCUCCCAGCAGGAUGUGGCUGGGGAGCCCAGGAAGAUCUCACAGGCAGAGCCGGCAGUGGAGGUCCAGUCCUUUCUCCAGGUGCAUGGACAGAGGCUGAAAAUGCUGCUGCAGAAGGAGUCUAACCACUCGGAGCUGAGCAUCCCCCCUGAGCUGCAUGUCCUGCACAACUCCUCUCCUGGCCAGCUCCAGAGGCUGUGCUCCUUCCUCCAGCUCUCCAUCUGCCCAGAGCACCUCCUGGUGCGUUUCUGCAGCUGGCUGCUGACUCUCACCCCUGACCUCAGCUACACCAGCGCGGCCGUCCUGGCAGAGCAGCUCUUCCUCGAGCGAGUCCUCUCCCUCGCCCAGCCACCCUCCCGCCACCUCAUGGCUGCCCUCACCUCGUUUUGCUCUAAGUAUCCCCAGCCCUUCUGUCGAGUCCUGGUGGCCGCUGUCCUGCGGGAGCCUGGAGAAGGCGCUGAGCAGACCAAGCUGGUGUGUGAGCUGGUGGAGGAGUGCUUGGAGCCAGACUGUGUGAGACUGGUGCUAAGCCAGGUCCUGGAGUUGCCUUUGUCAGAGAAGCUCCUGCUGGUUGUGCAGGCUGUGCUGGGGCGGCAGGAGGUGCUGCCCCCUGAGCUCUUUGAUCUCCUGGUCCUGACUCUGUGCCGGCAGGCCCCAGCCUUCGCUGCCUCGCUGAAUUACGCCAAGUUGCUGACAGCCAUGCUGACUGUGUACCAAAGCCAGGUCACCCCAGCCCACCGGAGCCGUCUGGCUGCCGCUCUGGAUCGCAGCAAUGCCACCCUGAAGAAGUCACUGCAGGCUGUGCUGGAAGGAGCCAGGUGAAUGCCAAAGGGAACCACAAGUUGAUGGCUUCCUUGGAUGGAAGAUGCAUCCAGUUCCUCACUGGGAGAUGGAGACCCAGCAAGCGUGGGCUGGAGUGUGCAGAGUGUCUGUGCCUCGGCUGACCAGGUUUGAGGCACACUAUUGCCGGGCGAUGCCAUCCUGGCCCCACAGACGCCCCGAGGCUUGAAGAUGAGGGUUUUCAGGGUUAAACAAUGAAUACGUUUUCGGUCAGCUCUGUCUCUGGUGUGUCUGUGGACUGUCUCGGAGCCUGCCGCCAUGGGCACCUCGCCACGCUCAAGAUGGCGCCCUCCUGCCCGCCACGCUCAAGAUGGCGUCUCGCUCCCCGCCUCUCCCAAGAUGGCGGCAGAGGAGGAGUUGUGGAGGGGUUGGGCUGCAGGGCGUCUGAGGGCAGCGGAUCGCCUCUCCUCCUCUCCCGACCUCCGGCCGUGUGGGCACCUGGGUCGGGGCUGGGCGUAAGGGGUGGCCGGGCUGCGCAUCGCCUAGAGGGGGUUGACUGCAUGAAGGUGACUCCAGUUUUGGAGGCGGCUUGUGCCCUAAGUUGUCUUUUAAUCAUGAAAGCAAAAAAUCCAGUAUUUUUAUAUUAUUGAGGGAGUAGUGUUGGCACAUAAGUACUUGAAGAGCUCCUGAAGGUUGGCUGCAGUGAUCCUGGGCAUGAGGCUGGCUGCUGUGACCCUUCAGAGAGGGAACAUUGCCCAUUUUCCUUGUAUAUUCCCUUAUAAAAUAUAGUUUUCUGUCAAGCGGGUCCCCAUGUUACCCAACUGGCAGUGAGAAGUUUUUAAAAAAGCAGAAACUCUACUUUCAGGUCCCUUUUGGCUCGAUGAGUUGUCAGGUGACGUGAUGUCUCCUGCCCUGCACCACCAUCUCUGAUACCUCUCUACAUCUGAAGAGCUUGCCUGAGCAUUCGCGAGCCUCAUUGGUCUGGUUUGCAGGUGUCCCUCCUUGUUUGAAUCAACUUUACACUUUCUGUUAAAAAAUGGAGCCAUAAUGGCUGCAAUAUUUCCUGCGUGUACCCUUUUCUCACAGCUGAGAGGUGAUUUGAUGGAAGCCUUCCUGGCAUCCGCCCUUGAUGAAGCAGAUUACUCCUUUGUGGCUCCGGGUCUGCACAAAGCUGGCAAACCUCCCUCUCCUUGUUCACAGUGGCAGCUUGGGACCCAGGGUGAAGAGUCAUGUUCUCCAAAAACUUCAUAUUUCAUGGUUUUUUUCUAGCAUUGUGGUGGCCCAGAGCAAGCAAUACUGCACAGUAGAGUUCUCAGGUCCUUCCUUAGUCCUUAAUGCCCUUAACACAUCACUGAACCAAGACAUAAACUGAUCUGAGGCUGUUUGGAGAUGAUAAUUCUGGACUAAUCUUAAUUUCCCCUCAUGAUUUUUAUCUUGGUUCGAAAGAGCCAAGGCACAAGUGUGGUGACAUUUUGUACAUCUCAGCCUUUCUCUCGCUGAUUUUCAGGUGAGGCAGCAAUGAUCUGCUGGGAUGUUUGUCUGCUCUGCUGGGAUUUACAAACCUCAGGAUGCAGAAGAGUGGGGUUUAGAUGAAGAACUGCGCUCCCUCUGGCUGGAGCCAUCCGUCACAUGAAGAUGACCCAGGACAAACUCAUCUCCAAAAUCCACCUGCUCCUCAGCUUCCCGGUGUCCUUGCUGAAGAAGACCUGGAAGAACGCAGGUGCCAUGUAUAUCCAAGAGCACCGUGGGGAAGCUCCGGCAUAUCUAAAAGACCAGGCAGCAAUAAAUGGGUGGAAAUCUCCUGA